AAGAUAAACGGCGCGAACGGGAAUGCCGAAAUAUAUACGACAACAUAGCCCUAGAAAACUUCAUCACAUCGGAAAUCGAACUUGGGUUUGAAUUUAAUUUGAUUUCGUAUUUUUUAUUUGGGCUACUGAGAGUUAUUGAUCCCUCGGAAUCUUCUAUGUAUUGAAUGAGAUUUUUGGUUCAAGUUGCGAUUCAUUUCCGUCUAAUGUGAUCUGUUUUAUCUGGUUUUUCUCGUAGGAGUGAUUUCAAGAGGUGGGGUUUGCUUAGAAUAUUGAGUUGACGCUUUUUCCAUGGAUUUAUUUGGGUUAUUAGCAAGAAUAAAUUGUGGGUUGUGGAUGGUUUGGAGUUAGAAGACUUUGGGAUUUUUUUUUUUUUUGGAUAUAUAUUUUGAACGAAAGACCCUUCUUCUCGUAGAAGAAGGAGAUGAAAGGUGGGCUUGUCGUUUUGAAGGUAUAAUGACUGGAGGGCCAUUAGGUUUGCGUACCGGGAGUUAUGGAUCACUGCAACAACAAAAUGGUUUUUCGAAUUGUCAGUCAACACCAGUUCUUGUGCGCAAGUCCACAAAGCUGCUCCUUUCGAGUUCAAGAGAGAAGGAAAAGCUUCGGCCUUUGCUUUGUCGUUUCUUUGGACGAAGGAAGGUUUCCAUGCUCCUUUUGGUCUUCCUUGCUCUUCUUGUGUUUGUAUUUGGUUCCUUUACAGUUAAUAAAGAAAACGUCAAUUUGAGCAUCACACAGCAUAUCGAAAAUUUUAUAACUGUGGGAGAGGAAACAUCAACUAAUUCUAGAACUUUGCCGGGAAUGAACAAAAAUUCCUCAAGAAGUGAUACAAGUAGCGACUUGUUUCUUCGUCAUCACCGCCAUCACUUCCAUCCAAAGCUUUCUACUAGAGUUCCUGGAAAAUCUCUUCCAUCUUUCCAUUAUUGUGAAAAAUUUGCAUUUCCUCCUCCUCCUCCAGUUAAUCCAAAAAGGAUUGGACCACGUCCAUGUCCAGUUUGUUAUCUUCCUGUGGAGCAGGCUGUAGAUAUGAUGCCAAGCUUCCCAUCAGUAUCACCGGUAGUCCAUAAUUUGACUUAUAUACUUGAUGAGAAUCCAACUAGUACUGAGCUUUUUGGAGGCUCUGAAUUUGGUGGAUAUCCUACACUAAAGCAGAGGGAGGAUUCUUUUGAUAUAAAGGAGUCUAUGACAGUGCACUGUGGAUUUGUCAAAGGAAGUAAACCUGGUUACGGGACUGGUUUUGACAUUGAUGAAGCUGAUCUCAAGGAGUUGGAGCAGUUCCAUGAGGUCAUUGUUGCAUCAGCUAUAUUUGGAAAUUAUGACAUAAUACAACAGCCAAUGAAUGUUAGUGACUUGGCAAGGAAAAAUGUUCCCUUCUACAUGUUUAUCGAUGAAGAGACAGAAACUUAUUUGAAGAAUUCAAGUGUCUUAGAAAGUGGUAAUCGGAUUGGGUUGUGGAGAAUAAUUGUAGUUCAUAACAUUCCAUACAAUGAUUCAAGACGUAAUGGAAAGAUACCAAAGCUUCUACUGCACAGGAUCUUCCCCAACGUCCGAUAUUCCAUAUGGAUUGAUGGAAAGCUUGAGCUUGUAGUGGAUCCUUAUCAAAUUCUUGAGAGGUUCUUGUGGCGGGAAAAUGCGACUUUUGCAAUCUCAAGGCAUUACAGGCGCUAUGAUGUUUUUGAGGAGGCAGAAGCUAAUAAAGCUGCUGGAAAGUAUACUAAUGCUUCUAUUGAUAAGCAGAUUGAGUUUUAUAGAAAAGAGGGUUUAAAACCUUAUUCUAAGGCUAAACUUCCUAUAACUAGUGAUGUUCCUGAAGGUUGUGCAAUUAUAAGAGAGCACAUUCCUAUCACCAAUUUGUUUACAUGUCUAUGGUUCAAUGAAGUUGAUCGUUUCACUUCUAGGGAUCAGUUAAGCUUCUCCAUGGUGAGGGAUAAAAUAAUGGCAAAAGUGGGUUGGAGCAUCAAUAUGUUUGAGGAUUGUGAAAGGCGAAAUUUUGUAAUACAGACAUACCACAGAGACUUACUGGAGCAAAUGCCUCCUCCUGUAGUGAGGUUUUUUAAACCAGUUUCCCCAAGUGGAAAUAUAGUUAGGACACCGAUAGGAAAGAAGGCUUCUACACGACGUGUAAGAGAAAGGAAAUCUGGUUCAAAGCGUCAUCGAAAGGUGAAUGCCGGUGGUAGAUACAACAACUUAUUCUAAUUGUUUCCAUUUAUUGGUUCCCUUUCCCCCCAUUUGAUCAAAAGAAAAAGGAAGUAUUUUUUUUUCUCCACUUUUAUUUCAUUUAAAUCUCCCUGGUAGGAACACCUGGUUAAAAUCUGUGCAGAAGGGAUGGAAAAAUAACGGUUGAAAUUUGUGUUUUGGGAAUUGUUGAUAAAUAUUCAAUUUUGCUGUAAAUACCCUGAUCCUUAAUAAGUUCAAUUCAAGCUUCUGCCAUUUCCCCUCA